AUCAGGAAAAACUUUGAAAGUGGGAAUUUUAUUUUUACGGCCACUAAAGUGGUAUUUACUUCAUAUUCCAAGUCGUCUAAAAUGCUGAUUUGUUUAGGAAUCGUAUAAUAGAAGAAUGGACUAUCGACUGACACCAAAGAUGAUGUGGAUUGUAGUAAUCACACUUCUCUUUAUGGAUGUAGCAAAAGCUAUUGGAAUACAUGAGUCAUCCAGUCUAUACAAUUCACUUCAUUAUUAUGAGACGCUUCACCAUGUACAUAUGAAACAUACAAUCACCAAACGUAGUGUAGAGGGCUCACCAACACAUAAAGUUGUAGAGUUUGACAGUCUCGGAAGGCAUUUCAAGCUUUAUCUCCAGCCUAGGAGAGGCCUUCUAAAUGACCAUUUUAAAGUAGUCUCAAUAGAUGGAAAAAACAACGAAAAACUUGUACCAUGGCAGGAGGGAGGUUUCUAUGAAGGUCAUGUAUUUGGUGAGCUUCACUCUGAGGUGCAUGCCUACUGGGAGGGGGAUGCAAUGACGGGAACUAUCACAACUCCAGAUGACACAUAUGUCUAUGAGCCUUCAUGGCGCCAUUUACCUGAGUCUAACAACUAUACCAUGAUAGCUUAUAGACGAAAUGAUCUGAAAAAUAAACAAUCUCAGGGAGGACAAAAUUCUAGUUUCUGUGGCUACGUCCAUGUUGAUCCCAAAGAGGAUGGAGGACACGUUAUAGAAGAUGACAACCAAGGUGAAGCUAGGGAAAAGAGACAAAGCACUUUCACUCCAACGAAGAAUACCUGCCCAUUACUUUUGGUGGCCGACUAUAGAUUCUUUAGGGAAAUGGGACAGAGUAACAUAUAUAGGACUACAAACUAUUUGAUUGGGCUCAUAGACCGCGUUGAUGCUCUCUAUCGUAGGACAGACUUUGACUCUUCAUACAAAGGCAUGGGCUUUGAAAUAAAAGAGAUCCGGGUGCACGAAGAGCCCACUGAGACCAUCAAAAAUGAGGAACAUUAUAACAUGGAGAGAUUAAUAUGGCCAACAAAGCCUUUGUUAGAGGUGUUCUCACGUAAUGAUUUUAGUGCAUUUUGUCUCGCGCAUUUAAUGACUGCGCAGGCAGUAGAAUCGGGAGAUAUAGGCAUGUUGGGCUUGUCUUAUGUUGGUUCCCCUGAUAUCAACACUCCUGGGGGAGUAUGUACAAAAGGGGGCGUGUUAGGCCUAGCGUAUAUCGCAUCACCUCGAUCUUACUCAGUGGGCGGGAUCUGCUCAUCAGCAUAUUUCAAGGGUGGGUACACACUGUACCUGAACACAGGAUGGAGUAGUGCUCUUAAUCGCUAUGGCAAUCGCAUUCUGACACAAGAGGCUGACCUUGUUACAGCUCAUGAGUUUGGUCAUAACUGGGGCUCGGAGCAUGACCCUGAUACUGCGGCCUGUUCACCCGGCUCUUUUGAUAAUGGCAAGUACAUCAUGUAUGCCUACUCAGUCUCUGGAUAUGACACAAAUAAUAAGUAUUUCUCUCCAUGCAGUAAGAGGUUUGUUUCCAGUGUAUUGGAGGCAAAAUCAGAUUUCUGUUUCACACAGAAAGCUGCUAAGUUCUGUGGUAACUCUAAGGUGGAGGAGGGAGAGGAAUGUGAUGCUGGCGUUAAUGGAAAGAAGGAUAUGGACCCUUGUUGUACUCCUAACUGUUAUCUCAGACCAAAUGCAAAGUGCAGUUCUUACAAUACGGUAUGCUGCAUUGGCUGUCAGAUUGCCCCAACUACUGAGGUGUGUCAAGAAGAGGCAGAAAUUGAUGCCACGUGUGAGGGUAAAGCUUACUGUGAUGGGAGAACCACUGUCUGUCCACCACCCAUAAGCAAAGAUAAUGGUACAGAGUGCGUAGAGAAUGGUACUUGUAUAAAUGGGGCUUGCGUGAAUUUCUGUGAGAGCAAAGGAUUGGUGCCUUGUAUAUGUGAUAAAUUGGAGGAAGCUUGUCUUUGGUGUUGUAAAGAAAAAGAAGUAGGCUCAACAUGUACGCCUUACACCAAACUAGAUGGAAAGGCUAUUUUACUAUCUGAUGGAAAACCAUGUGUCCGUGGCUACUGUGAAGCGGGUAUUUGUAAAGAACAAGUUCAAGAUCUGGUCACCAGGUUCUGGAGUAUUAUAGAGCACAUUGAUGUCAAUACAAUAGUCCAAUUUAUGCGUGCUAACAUUGUGGGUACAAUCCUCGUGUUCUCUAUUAUCCUAUGGGUGCCAGCCAGUUGUAUCGUCAGUUACAUUGACAAGAAACGACUAAGGGAAGAGAAAGAUGUAGUUGGCUGGAUGAGUGCUGAGAAUGUCAGUCGUGUCAUGGAGAAAGACCGUCAUCGAGUACGCAGGAUUGAGGGUGUGACCAGGCGUCCAAUGGCAGGAAGUGUUGUGCGACGAAUGGAGCCAGGACCCACAGUAGGGGGUGGUGUUCCCCAUCCUGCUACUGUUGUCUGAAUCUCUGCAUUUAGAUUGGAAAAUCACUAUACAUAUGUACUAUACAUGUGGUAUUUGUCCAUUAAUUACUAGUAUUAGCCUAAUUCAGUACACUUCAUCAAUAAGCUAUAAUUCGUGACUACAUAUUAUUUAUUAUACAAGAAUAAAAUGUAGAUAACUGAAAGUACCAUGAUGGUGAUUUCAUCCCUUAUAAGGCCUACUGGGUUAUGUGGGUAGGUACGCCAGAGUAACAUGGCUAUCAAACAUUGUUGUAUAUACAGUUGAAAUAUCUGUGAUAAUUUAUAAAGUAGAACAUUUGAUCAACAACAAAUCCUGCAAAGAUCCACAAAAUCUAAGAAACUUAAUGUGUGGAAUGGUACACAACUCAAAAUACAGUAUUUUAAAGCUGUAGACUGGGAUUUCAGAAAUAAUAAGCUCUCUCUCUUAUCUCUGAUUAAUGUGUUGACAAUUUACAUUAAAGAAGGUCAGUUCUGCAUUUGAUAUAUGAACUUUAUAUCACUAAGAAUUUGAUGGAUUCUUAAUGAGACAUUAUUAAGUAGGACAAAGUAUAAAUAGCCAUAUCUGUAUCUCAUGAUCAUGAAAAUGUGUGCUUAUAUUCAGUGAUUUUAUCGCACUUUGAAAAAGUACUUUAUUUUGUCUUGAUUGGAGUGCAUGCAUCUGUAACAGCUCCGGUCUCAAUCCCGAAACUGCCACGUAUGAACUGCCCAAUCAAUCAAUCGAGCUCCACACAAAUCAUAUCAAAAUUCGAGAACCGCCGAUCUGUUCAACAUGAAAUUUUUACAGAUAAAAGUACAAAUUACUGAUCUGAUUGGGUGUUAGGUUUUGGCCGUGCUGGGUAAAUUACAUCAUGGCCAUUUUGAUGUUCAAAGUGCGAUAUUUAUCACUG